AUGGCGAAUGCCCAUCGCGCCAACGUCCUGGUUACCUCCUGUUUGAAAACGCCGGUAGACCCACACACCAAGGCUCCGUUGGCGUUGUAUGAAAGGCAGCGAACCCUUCCAUAUUCGUCAGUAGCUGGUCAUAUUGACAAUCGAGACUACGAAAAAGAGCUGCAGUAUGACGACUCGGGGUCUGACUACGGCGAUGGGGAGGCCCCCGGGAAGGGCAGACCCCUGAUGAUCAAAGACUACCGAGUGACGGGGGACCACAUCGACCUGCGUGAGUUCUACUUCUCCAACGAGGAGUACUACCGCGAGCUGGAGGAGCUGAAGCGGGCCCACCUCCGCACCAUGGCCGAGCUAGAGGGCAUGUACCGCAAGAAGCUGGAGCCCAAAGGCGCACCACCCUCGGAAAACGUGCAGGGGGCCCAGGCACACAGAUCUUACUUGAAGAUCAGCCCCAUGCCCGUGAGGCGUCUGAGGAAGGCCCACUCGGCUCUGGAGCUGAGGAGGGGCUCUGGGCUGUCGGACCCAUCUGACGAGGAAGGUGCUGUAGACGACAACGUGGAGAAGGGUCUGCAGUCCUCCCCCAAAGAGCACAUCAAGAACAUGUGGCAGGACUUCAAGCUGUCGCCUCGCCAGCGCCACCCGUCCACAUCCUCCCUCCGGAGCCUCAUUGGGGGCCACAAGAAAGGCAUCAAGGGUAAGGACAGGAAGCAAGGGUGCAAAGAUGUCAAACACGAGCCUUGGAAACCCAGAGUGACCAUCCCCAAGCCGUUCCACAUGACGCUGCGGGAGAACCAGAAGCGCCAGAAAGGUGUGAAGACGCGGUCAGAGAUCGAGCUGGAGAACGCUGCCUUGCGGAAGCAGCUGGAGGAGCUGACAGAGUGCCAGCACAAAUUCCGUGCCAGCUCCGUGCCCUUCCACGUCCGCCUGCCCCUCUAUGAGGAGCUCCACGAACGAGACGAGGCGCGGCGGGCCAGGCGGGAGCGGGAGCAGCAGCGUCUGUGCUCCACCCAGCAGCCCUUCAGUUUCCUGGAGCGCGAAUGUCUCAAGAGGGAGCAGAGAGAGGAGCAGCUCCGCAACCUCCAGCCAAUCAGCCAGGAGAGAGUCCGACCAUUCAGGGCCAAGCCCGUGCCCAAGGCGGUGUACGAGGCGGCUACGGGCGAGCAACUGAAGGAGGAGCAGCUGUACCGUGCCAUCAAGAUGCAAGUGAGGGCUCAGGAGCUGCUCCACAGCGCCUCCAUGCCACCCAGCAUGCUGGCACGCCACCUUAGCAAAAGGGAGCAUGCUAAGGAUGGAGCCAGGGGUGACACCGCUGGAUCCGAGGAUGACAACAGGGCCCCUUACAGGCCAAAGAUAAACCCGGAGGUGCCCGACUUCGACGCCAGCUACAGGAGGUUCAAGAAGCAGCUGGAGAGCCGGCGCGACGUGAAGCCUUUGACGACGUGCGAGCCGUUCCAGCUCCGGACGUCACAGAUCCCCUCGCACCGCGAACGCAUCCUGGCCGAGAUCGAGAAGGAGCAGAUGAGUCCCUGGGCCAAGCGCUGGCCUUACGUCAGCACAGCUGGGCUCGUCCGCUCACACAACUCUAGCCUCUGCUCCUCCCUCUCAGGCAUGCUGGAACAGCUGCCUGCCAAAGUCACCGAUGCCAGCAAAAAACGCCAAGAGGCCACCAACCAGUCCAAGCUCAAGCAGUUCAGAAAGCAGGACUUUCAGCGGAGGAAGGAGUACGAGGAGGAGAUGAGGGAGAUCCAGGCGAGAGUGAAGGGGAGGCCUCUGCUGUUGGAGCAGGUCGCACAGAUGAAUGCCAAACACGCUGCAGAGAAGCGCUACACAGACACCCUGCGAGGCUGUGGAGUGAGUGAGGACUUUGUCAGUGGCAAGGUGCCCCAGCAGCCAGGUGGCCAAGAAUCUGCAUGCUGGACCACCUCCUCCAGUGAUCCAAAACAAAGUGACAAGGACGAGACAGAUACACCGGCUAUUUACAACACGGUCUUCCAUGAUGACUACCCAGACGAUUAUGAAGACAGCUUUGCUAACCAAGAACGGGAAGGAGAGCAGGAGGCUGAGAAAGAUGAAUUAAAGUCCAAAAAAGAAGACGAGGAUGAAGGCCAUGACGAAGCAGGGCGGGGGAGGGCGGAUAUUGGGCGUUAUUCAGAUGAUGGCGAUUACUCAGAUGCCGAUGACCAUUACUCAGAUGCCAGUGAGCAUUACUUGCCCCUGGACGAUGAAAAGAAUAAAGGGAUUGACAUCCUCAAAAGGCACGAGAGUACCCAGAGCAGCCCAAGCUAUAGAAGCGGCCAGCACAGCCGAAACAGUCAGAAGUCAGAGAGGGAUAGGGGAAACACAGCAAUAGCGGACAAGAAAAGUGAUGAGGAUGACUGA